AUGGGCAAAGCCAAGCGGCAGGCCAGACAGCAGCAACGGCCGGGCCAGUUGAACAGGGCCUACACGGAUGACGAUGGAGCGGUACAUAAUGCUACUGGUGGCCAUGUGAAUGCAACCCUCACGCCGGCAUCGCAGAUCUCAGCCGAUGGAAAGCUGCUGCCCAAGCCAAAGAAGAGACCAGGAGCCACGGAUCCGGGGCAGAUCUCUGCUGAUGGGAAACUCCUGCCCAAGCCGAAGAAAAUGCCUCGAGCUACAAUCCCGGUAGGUCUCCUCUUCCGCGACGUCGUGCUGCUCAACCGGCUCCGAUGGAGGCCACUCCUGGAACCUGCUGCUGUCGAGGGAGCUAGCGCUGAUACGGGAGACUCCAGUGCUCCGGCUACCCAUCCAGCGCUACCACCGGUUCUUACUGUUCGGGAACCGGACACGCCGCCACCUGGAAAGCUUGCUACCAAGUCCAAGUCCAAGACCCACAAGGUCACCACCUCCCUCACAGAGAACGUGCAGGCUCGGAGAGCAGCCACGGGUGUCCAAGCGCCUCCUGCGGAAGCGAGGCGACCAACUUGCCUGCUGCGUCGUCCGCCCAAGGUCCAGCAUCUUGCUCCCAACGGGCCAGUUCCUGAUGCUGCUACUGAGAUGGUGGAGGUUGAGGUGGAACCUGAAUUGUCUGGAUGCUUGGGUGAUUGGCCCAGCAUCAUCUCUUCUCAUGACGCCAACAUCAUGUAUCCGAUCGACUGCUUGGCACUGUGCAGGGCCAACAGCUCAGCGGCUGAAGAUCUUCAAUCCUUGGUUGCUGGCGCUGGCCUGGGGGUGUCCACCAGGAACGUCAAACGCGUUCCCAAUCGGUUGGCUGAGGUGGCAAGCCUCUUUGGAGAGGAGGCUGGCGCUGCUUCCUCUCGCCGUGCUCACAGACAGGGGGAUGAACGUCCAGAUUUGGAGGAAAGAGCAAGUCCGUCCGCUGCUGGAGCAGCUGGCGCGGUUGUGGAAUCAACAGCAGCUGAGACGUCCACACUGCCGAGAAGUGCCAAAUGUCGACGACUGGACAAGACCACCAUGCGGCGACUUGCGGGCAUGUCGGUGGCGGAGCUACUACGGCGGGCGGCAUCCACGCUCGAUAAGGUUGUGACUCUUGCGUGGCAUUUCUUCCAGGCGCAGGUUCCAAAGCUCUACUCUCGUCUGGCCGCUCGCUCUUUGAGGGCGUUGAUGGCGGCAAGGGAGAUCGAUCCGGCAGGCACUUCCCUGUGCUCUCUUUUUGCUGUGCAGGCGUCGCGUAAUGCUCUGCCGAUUCGCUCCGACGAGGGUGCGCGUCUCAAACUUGUCACUUACAACGUUGGAGGCCUGUCACAGGUGGCUUAUGCGGAGCUUCUCCAGUUUCUGCAGGGACUCCCAGAGCCACACCGCCCUGACCUGGUACUCUUACAAGAGACUCAUUGGAAGGAGGACUCUGAGUUUGAUACUCCUGGUUGGCGUGUCAUCGGCUCCAGCACUAAGCUGACGCUUGAUGGUGCCAUUGUCGAUGUUAUCAACAUAUACCAGAAAAUCAUGACUACCUCCCUUGCUCCGGCAGAGAAAGGUGAUUUUAAUACGCCUCUGCUGCCAAUGGCCAAGCGGGUUGGUGCUCGCGCGUCCUUGCGUCAUGCAACUCGACCUCAGGAUGUGAACGAGUUAUCUGACAUCAUUGCCGAUCAUGAUCUUCUUCAUCUCAACUCGUGGACCAGGUUUGCCAAGCCCACCUACCGUAAUGGAUCUCAUUCCUCGCUUAUUGAUCAUAUCUUUGUGCGCCACUCUUUGGGUGAUGCGGUUUCUCGGCGGGCAGGGCCGGUCACAUGGCCCCUCUUCAAGUGGAGACAAGGUGGUUUCCACCUCCCGGUUUGUGUCAGUUGUCGGUUGCCAGAUGUCCGUCAACUUGCUCGGUCUCGUGGCCCCAGAUCCUGUGUUCUUGACCGGGUUACUCUUGCCCAGGUUUGUCGGAAUCCACAGCACCCUCAGAUUUGUGAACUCAAUGAGAAGGUUUCUGGCUGGCUGCAGUCACAUUCUGAUGCGUCUGUUGAAGAGGUCAAUCGUCAGCUUUAUGCCUGUGCGCUGGAGGUUUUCCCUGGCAAGGUUCAGCAUCAACGUGUUGUUCCGUGGCAAGCACCACAGGUUGGGCUGUCGGUGCGCAACAUGUGGCUAGCCUAUCGCACCUGGAGACAAACCUCCAGUUUGCAUCGGAACUGUGUUUGGAAGGCCUGGGUUGCCUUCACGAGUUUUCGGAAGGCGCAUCGUGCCUUCCGUCGAGCCACUAGGGAUGCCAAAGUUGCCUGGCUGCGUACUCAGGUGGCCUGCACGGAGCAGAGCGCACGCAAAGGCGACACUCGUGCUCUCUUUCAAUUGGCUAGUCGUAUUUGUCCGAAGCAGCGACGCAAAACUCUGCAAUUGCGUGGUGUCCAGGGACAAUACUCUCGCAUCCAGAGCAAGUUGAGGUCUCGGCGCCCACUCUGCCUCGUCAGCUGCGUCCUCUUGGCAUUUCUGAGAUAUCGGGACGCGCUGAUACGCGUGCUCCUUCAUUGUAAGGAUCGUCGCCCCAGCAAGCUCAGAGGAGGUGCGAUUCAACUGUCGCUUGACCUCUCGCAGGCGUUUGAUCGCUUGGAGUGGCCGCUCAUAAGCGACUCGUUGAAGGAGGCUGGCGUGCCCAGUGACCUUUACCAUCUCAUCAUAAGCUGGCACCGAGAGAUGUACUAUCACAUCAAGGUCUCUGCAUCCUCUGCACGCGUGUCGGUUGGCAGGGGAGUACGGCAAGGAUGCCGCAUCGCUCCGAUGUUGUGGGCGCUAGCCACGGCUGUACUUAUGCGUCGCACUGACGAGGUCCUGGGUUUCAUGUGGUCUAAGGACUCUUUGACGGCUUAUGCCGACGACUUUCACACAGGUGAGUGUGUCUCCCGCAGUGAACAUCUUGAUAGAUCCCUGCAUCGCUUUGGGGUCUUCCUUGAUCAGCUGAUGAACGCACACUUACCGGUGAAUUCCAAGAAGUCCGCCAUUCUGUUGCGACUAACAAAAGGCUUUGCGCCGGCCUGGAGGACGUUUGACAUACCGAUCAAGCAGGACUUUCGCUGCCCCACAUGUUCCAUCUCCUUCCCCGAUCUUAGGAUCACAUUAGCCGUGGUCGAUGCCCCGCCUUGGAUCCCGCUCUUCGUACUCAGCUUGGUCCUUGGCCCACUCCCACUGCUCUCCCGGCCGUAUCGGGCAAUGUUGAUGAGGAAUUGGCUGAUCGAGCAUGCCCCACUGUGGUCCUCCACCGCUCCUUGCACCUGCCGGGCUCUGGUACCGGCAGUCAGUCGGUUGAUCUCCUCUGGCAAAAGAGGGUGGGUCAAUCUCAAGUCACUCCUGUUGCAGAUCGAGCUGGAAUCCAGGCAUUGGUACGACGUCAAAAUGCUGCUCAAAGAUCAAGCGCUCCGUGACGAGCUGAGACACCACUGCCCGUGUUGCGGACAAUGGUGCGCCUCGCCUGCGGGUGUCAAGGUUCACAUGUCUAGGUCGCACGGUGUCUGGGCCGAACUCUUGCCGGCAGUGCUCGAGCGUACGGUGCUCAUGAAGCGAAUGAUUACUAAGCCAUGUCCUUACUGCUUAGAACGGACCUUUGACCUGCAGACGCAUUGGAAAAGAUGUCAUGUCAUCAUGGUGUGCUGCUUCCUGGAACUUUAUGCUAAGCGCAAUGUCGCCCACUCCGACUCCAAGUCUGCAGGGCACUCUCAGUCAGGGGAGUCAGCCGACAAGACCUCGGCAACAGUGGCGGCCAAGAGGGCUCGACGAGAGACGGGCUCUCAGGAGACGCAGGAUGUACAGAUGGCAACCGAACCGAAGGAUCCUUUUCGGCAGUGGGGCUCUGCUCAGACGGGUCGCGGUCAGGGAGGCAAGUCCCACAAGGGCAAGGGGAAGACGACAGGCAAGGGCAAGUCGUCGCACAAGGGCAAGGGCAAAGGUCAGGCACGCAGCUCAGCCUCAGUGACAUCCUAUGCAGGCAACGAUUGGGAGCGCGCGGCCGAGUACUACAGUCUGGAUGGGGAGAACACGCUACUGCAACAGAUGGCCAAACUGGCUCUGCGUCACGAGAGACAGCUUCAGGCGCUGCAGCAGGACACCAAGCUUUAUUUCUUCUUCCGUCCGGAUCCUCCUGCAUCGGUUGUGCCACUUAUGACCAAUAUUGCCAAGACAUGGAGAGAGCUUGUGGAGGCCAACAAGGUCCAGUCCUCACUUCGGGAAACCAUGUUGCGCGAGCUGAUUCAGGAGAUGAGGCGCCGGAUUCAGGGCUUUGCGCAUCAGACCGAGAUGCAGGAGCAGGCGGCCAAGAUGAAUUGGAUCGACUCUCAGGGCUCAUGGAACUAUCUGCAGUGGAACCCGGAAUCUCAGGCAGAGGAGUUGGUCCCGAGAGUGGAGAGUCGCUCCACGGAGUCGCUUCUUCAGGAUCUGGACGAAAUCGAGAAGCUGAUCAGUGGCACUACCAUUCGACACUUCGGCUCGGUGCGUCCGUUUCGCCAACAGUACGAGACCAGCUGGGUGCAGUUUGUGCUAGAGAUCGAGCUUCGCACGGAUGGGGACAGGCUCUGGAAGCACUUCAAUGCUCUCAUCAAUUGUGCAGUCCUGCAUCUCCUUGCAGCCAGACUGCGCCGGGAUCGUCCGGUUCUCUCGGGUCUGGCCAAAUCCCUGCAG